CUUCCGGUUGCAGAAUCUGGAAUUUUUUGAUUUUUUUCCUGGCCUGAUCAUUUUUCCCCUAAUUGCAGAAUUGUUACUUGAAUAAAAUCAUCUCACGAAGUCGCAUGUUUCUAAUGUUACAAAAAGGCCAAAGAGGAUUUUGGAGUAGAGAGUUUUGAAUUUGAGUGUCAUUUGCCUGUUAACUGACUUCAAAAAGAGAAGAAGAUGGCAAGUCAGGAAAUGCUAGGGGAUGAUGCCAAUGAGGCUGAGAGAGCCGUCACUGUACCAAGAGAAAGACGUUUGUCAACAUCUUCAAAACUGCAAACUUUAGGAAGAAAGCUGAGGACAAGUACGGCUAACUUCUUUGGAGUUGGAGAUGAGCAACUGUACAAUGCAGACCGCUGGGAUACAAGGAGAGAUCAUCUGUUGAUGAAGAAAUGUGGCAAGAUCAAGGAUGGCAAGCAAAGAGCGAGUAAACAAGAUGGUUUUGAUGACCUUGAUGGAGGUCGGAGCCUAGGCAUGCAGGAGAUCCAUGAUCCUCUUGCUGCAGGAAGGUACCAGCGAGCAUACUCUGCUGCCACAAGUGUCAGUUCAUUCCGUCGUCCACAGAGAUUCCAACCACGCAGGAAGACCAGGAAGGAUUCAGUCCUCAGAAUGACUUAUGAUGGACUCUCUUCCUUGCUGUCUCCGAAGAAGAAACGUUUCAUCUCUGGUCAUGAUCACCUCCACAUGAGGACGUAUGCUCCAGCCAGUGUGGCUACUUACGAUGAUGUCUUCACUGAACCAACCGCCUCUGUUGAUCGUCUGACCUGUUUGGAUGAUGAACUUGUUGAUGAAGUCUUCUUUGAUCUGGCCACGCCCGGAGCGCUCAGUCAUCCUGUUACACCUGCGUUUGAGAUGGAAAAGCCACCUCUACACGAUGUGAUUGCGAAGGAUUUACCAACAGCCAAGGGCUGGCGUCGCCGCCCACCGCAGCCAAUCCCAUCAACUCCUGGCACAGAUGUCAUGGAUGGGAUCGGGUUCAGUCGUGCUACCAGGAAGAUCGUGGAGAAAGCUAUCGAUAAUAAUGACAGGAGACAAUACGGGAUGGGAGUGCUUGGCAAGCUGUUCAACAGGUCACUCAAGAAAGGCAAGCUGUCCUCGGAUGCCAAGAAGGAUUUGGAGACAAUGGAAUUAGCCAAUUUUCGUCCCUACUUCACAUACUGGGUAACCUUCGUCCAGAUUGUCGUCUAUAUUGUGUCUGUGGCCGUGUACGGCAUUGCUCCGAUUGGUUUUGAGGAAACGCGUGUGAGCGCUGAAGUCAUAAUGCCGAGUGGAGUCAUAGAACAGGUGUCUCGAGUCGAGAAAGAUAAUCUUUGGAUUGGACCAAGACAGGAGGAUUUGAUCCAUCUUGGUGCCAAGUAUUCUCCAUGUAUGAGGAAAGACAUGAAUGUGGUGAAUGCAAUCAAGCUUGAUCAGCUGUUAGAACUCGCUCAGACGGUGUGCUGUAUUCGUAACGAUGGUGCAGGCUGUGUACAAUCCAACAUUUCUUACUGCUCGAAAUCCCAUUCCUCAUAUUCAAGAUGGACUGCUGCCGCCCCAGAAAAAGUUACUGGUAUGACCUCAGGGCCUGUGUGUGGAGAAGAUCCCAGGUUUUGUACAAAACCAGCGCACACAUCUGUCUACCCGUGGAGUAAAAACUUUACCGAGUGGCCUAUCUGUCUGAACACCACCAAACCUACUGUAACAAGCAACCGAACAAUCACCCAGUCUUCACAUAACCGCCACAUGACGUGUGAAAUCACUGGUAGGCCUUGCUGUAUCGGUAUCCAUGGGCGAUGUCAGAUCACAACCAGGGAGCAUUGUGAGUUCAUGCGGGGAUAUUUCCAUGAAGAAGCAUUCUUAUGUUCUCAGGUGAACUGUAUGCAUGAGAUUUGUGGAAUGAUUCCAUUUGCUAAAGUUCCAAAUCCUGAUCAGAUCUACCGAUUGUGGAUAUCUCUCUUUUUACAUGCUGGGCUCUUCCAUCUAGUAGUUACAUUCCUGCUGCAGUUUUUCAUCAUGAGAGAUUUGGAGAAGAUGGUGGGGCCUGUGCGAUUAUGUCUCAUCUAUAUGGGUGCUGGUAUCGCAGGGAAUCUGGGCAGCGCUAUAUUCUUGCCAUACCAAGUUGAGGCUGGACCAGCUGGAUCCCAGUUCGGCAUUCUUGCAUGUCUAUUCGGUGAAUACAUCCAAAACUGGGGCCGCUUCAAGAAGCCUUGGAUUGGCAUGCUGAAGAUGUUAGCUGGUGUACUCCUCCUCUUCAUCAUUGGGCUGCUGCCGUGGAUUGAUAACUAUGCCCAUUUAUUCGGGAUGCUGUUUGGUCUCCUACUCUCGUUUAUCUUCCUGCCGUAUAUCACGUUUGGUAAGAGAGACAAGCGUCGUCGCAUCAUCACUCUGGUCGUCUGCUCCAUCUCGGUGGUGGCUCUCUUCGUCAUGCUCAUCUUGCUCUUCUACGUCACUCCAAUCUAUCAAUGUCCGUAUUGUAAAUAUUUCAACUGUGUCCCGAUCACACCCAAGUUCUGUGACAGCAUGGACGUUGAUAUCCGCAGAUCAGAAUACUUGUAGAGAUACAUGUAUGUGUAUGAUCAGAAUACUUGUAGAGAUAUGUGUAUGAUCAGAAUACUUGUAGAGAUAUGUGUAUGAUCAGCAUACUUGUAGAGAUACAUGUAUGAUCAGAAUACUUGUAGAGAUAUGUGUAUGAUCAGAAUACUUGUAGAGAUACAUGUGUGAUCAGAAUACUUGUAGAGGUAUGUGUGAUCAGAAUACUUGUAGGGAUACAUAUAUGAUCAUGUGAAUUGUUUUCAAACCUUCAUGGCAACUUGCUUUCCACUUGGCGAUUUGAGAACCAAGUACAUGUACAGUGUCACUUAUUUUUGUCCAACUUUCAGACCCUGUAACACUGAAGUGACAUUCUCUCUGCUUCUCACUAGUUUUGUUAAGUAUUUUCAAAAUCUAUCUUGAAGAACCAUCACAUGUAUUUUGGUAUAGUUAUUUUUCUAUCAGAUUAUAUUUGGAAUGAAUCGAAGAAGAAUUUAUCAGCACAAAACUUUCACAAUUUACAGUCAAUAGAAGAAAUUUCUCUUUUUGCCUUGCUUUCAAUUCAUCGUGGCCAUGUGACGGCCGUCGAAAACCGGACUAAACUUGCCGACACCUUCCAGUGAUGCAUAGACUGAGUGCACAUACAUCGAUUAUGGGAAUAGCAAAGGUAACAAUUUGGCAGUUAUUAUGCAGGUUUUUGUUGUAAUUGCACUGUUCUGUCCUGGCCGUGUAUAUGGACAGGGGUAGCAUGUAGAACUGUAGCCUGUCUUAUCCAUGUGUGUGAAAUGUGCUGAUAAUACCAAAAGUGUAAAGAAACUAAGUGGACCAACUACGUCUAAUGCCUGGCAAUGUCUUUCACUGUUUUAUCUCUGUACGUGGUGUAAAUGAAUGUGAUACUUCCUUGUUCAAGAGAAACGUAUUUUAUCAUAUGGGAAGCCAUGCACAGUAUCAAGUGUUGAUUUUAAUCCAUACACAACUUAUCCUACGUGUACUUGUGUGUCUGUGUCCACUUCACAAACUAUAAAAGUUAUGGCCAAACCAUAAUUAACCCAAAGAUUUGUUGAAGGGAAGUUAUGCAUAUCCACUAAGGGCAUUUGUCUCCAUGUCAAUAGCUAUCGGCAUAUUUGCCUGUAAAUGUUUUCAGAAUCAUGUUAAUUGAUUACGUUUUAUUCCACACUCAAAGUAAAAAGUGCCUUGAGGAAAUUGAAAAUAGUAUUACCCGUAUUUUGUACUGGUAUUUUCACAUGUAAAGGUAGAUUAAGUUGCUUAUGGAAUGUAGAUGAUUGCUUCAUGGUUUUAUCAGUUCAUGAUCAAUUCAAGGCUUGAGAUGUUUUCUCCCGAAAAUUCUGUGGAGAAAACUCGUCAAACGACAGCUAAUUUUCAUUCAUUUCGGUUGUAUAGGUUUUGGAGUGGUGUGCCAGUUUGAAUACACUACAUGUAUGUAUCAUAUAUGCAUUUUUCAAAAUUUUUGGGGGUAGUUUUCUACCCAGCUAGCUGCACAAAGGAAAAGCUAUGCCAUAUGUGUAUUAAUUGCUUUUAGUGCUAUAUUCUUCAUAUUCUAGAACUGCUGCUUUCAUAUAUGCAAUGUUGGUAUAAAUUCUGUUGAUACGUGUACAUGUACAUGUACACAUACAUGUAGGUACAGUCUAUGCUAUCUUAAGAUUCGUUAUCAAAGUUGAUCCUGCUAUUAAAAUCCAACUUGGUUGGGAGGAUCAUCAGUAUUGACCUAAUUAUCAAGUGUCAUGUGAUGUGAUAUGACGAGGUCCACCUUUCUUUUGGAUAUUGCACUAGUCUUCUCUUAGAGGUCAUCUCUGUUGACAUAUUGACAUCUUUUUAUUGUACGUGUAUUGCUUUAGCUUUGCAAGUAUCCAAUGACAUGAUUGAGGUGGAGGAUCACAGGAAGUUUAGUUCAUAAGGCAUUAGUUCGAGUGGGAUGGAUUUGAACGUAGGUACGUACAUGUAUAGUCAUUUUUUAAACAAUUUUGUGCAUUGUACUUCAGGAUGUUUUUAUUGAGGACAGCUGAGGAUAAGUGCCUGAAUUACAUAGAUGUACAUGUAGGUCAGUCGAAAUCAAAUUGAUCAGUUUGGAGAUGGACUCUAGCAUAUAUGUGUCCCAGUAUCGUCGAGUCAUAGAAGGUGACAAUCACUGUGGGUACGUCCGAGUGACUGAGGUGACUUUCUGUGAUCAGGUGGAUCACAUUGUAUCAGUUCCGGGUAUUACAUUUUAUGAUAUCAUGAGGCUUUUUUUAUUAAUUUUUAUGAUUAUUUAUAAAUGAAGAAUUGCCUCCAAAUACAAACACUAAUCGACAGUAUUUCUAUGGUAGCUUUGCUUUUGUGUUUUUAAGAAACCACCGAAAUGUUAUUUUAGACCAUUCAUGUAGAUAUUCUAAUUGUUUCUGAAAGCGCAGGGAGUACAUUUGAACAGCUUGUAUUUUUCUAGAUUCUUGCUUGGUAAAUGGAGAUUUAUAUCAAUAUGUUCAAUAAACGUUUGCCAUUGUAAUUCGA